CACCAUGCUUUCGUUGUGUAAAAUGAAUGAGUGUUCGAUCUAAAAAUGUUGACAAAGUUCAACUCUUACCUUGACUGUAUUUUCUAAGCUGCUUAAAACGUAAAAUUAUCAACCCCGCGGAUUACGUCAUGGAGAGUGACAUUUUAGACAGUCUGGAGCAGCUGGGAUACGACGGUCCUCUGCUGGAGGAGAAGGCGCUGCUCGGAGCCGCUGAGGGCGGCCUGUCCUCCCCGGGGUACGUGGACCUGUGCCGGUGGCUGGCGUCCAGGUUACAGCCGCUGUGCGACCUGGAGGAGAGCAUCACCUCUGGUCCAGAUGACUUGGACAGUCUUCAGGUGGAGAUGAGCGGCUUGAUGAAGGAGCUGCACUGCCCCUACGAAGAGGCCGUUUCAGGGCUCCUUAAAGGCAGCACGCGAAACACAAAGGAUCACCUCAAGUUCUUAUUGUUCCUCAGCUCGGAGCUUCAGGCCACUCAGAUGAUGAGGACCAAACAAGUCUCAGAUCAACAACAAGACAAGAGUCCAGUUUAUCAGGAGCUGGGAGCCAUCUGUGAGACUCUGAAGCUGGCCGACCCUGGAGGAGGAGGAGAUGCUGCCGAAGUUUUAUCUCAGGUUCAAAACAAGGUUGAAAAACAGCUCCAGCUCCUCCCCGGCGGCUCUGUUGGAAACCCGGUGCUGAAGACGCCUCUCAGUAGCGACCAGUGGGAGAAGCUGCACAGCAUCAACGCGGCUCUGUCGUCGGAGUACGAGUGCCGCCGCAGGAUGCUGAUCAAGAGGCUGGACGUCACGGUUCAGUCGUUCGGGUGGUCCGACAGAGCCAAGGUGAAGGUGGACAGCAUGGCCAGAGCCUACCAGCCCAAGAGACACUCGCUGAGGCCGCAGCCGUCGGUGGGCGUGGCCGAGCUGCUGGCCGCCCGGGAGGACGUCUGCAACGUGGUGAAGACGAGCAGCGGCUCCAGCAGGGAGAAGACUGUGUGCGCAGUCAACAAGAUCCUGAUGGGACGAGUGCCGGACCGAGGAGGUCGACCCUCAGAGAUACAGGCUCCGCCUCCCGAGAUGCCGCCAUGGCAGAAACGACAGGAUGGCGGAGGAGGCUGGGGAGGACGAGGAGGAGGAGGACGGGGAGGAGGAGGAGGCUGGGGGGGCAGAGGAGGAGGAGGAAACUGGGGAGGCGGUGGAGGAGGAGGCUGGGGAGGAGGAGGAGGCGGCGGCGGCGGAGGAUGGAAAGGAGGUGGUGGAGGAGGAGGUAGAUGGCAACAAGGAGGACACAGCAGACAUGGAGAUUAUGGAGGACACGGAGGGAAGAGGGGGCGGUACCAGUAUUAGCUCCUGCUGUUUUACUUUUAAAAAGUAUUGUUUUAACUUGUGUGUUUUUAUCAAAAAGUGUUUUUCUUUUAAUACAUGACCUCAAUUGUUUUUUUUUUUUAAGUUUUAUGUGAACGGAGGAAUCACAUUUUUCUCAGACUGACUGGCUCUUCCUCAAGCUUCUGCUUUUACUCUAAUCAGUGUUUGGUUUGACUUUCGUCUCCCCAGUGUUUAAUUCUUGAGGCGCUGCCGUGUUUAUAUGACAAUUCUCUCAUAGGAACGAAUGAACUGAAGACGGACCGCGUCGUCCUGAUCACAGGCUGGAGAAGCUUACCUGUUUGUACUAAAGGAAGUGAACGAGCUGCUACGAACUGGAAAUCAAUGAAACCAAUGCGAUCAAUAAGUGGAAGUAGUUCCCUUAAACACAUCUAGAAACUAGCAGAAAGCAGAAACAAAUGGCUUUGUGUCUUUCGCUGUAGUUCUGGAGGCAUCUGGACUGUUGAAGAAUCACCGGAUAUCAUGAUAAAUACACUACAAACUGUGCUUUUCUGACUGAAAAGCAGUUCAUAAAAGGAGUCCAGACAUGUUUGGAAAGUGAUGCAUCCAAUUUUUUACUAGCCUGGCAUGCCAGACUGACUUUAUUUAUGUGUUACACACGUAUAAAGACAUGUUUCCCCAUGUAUCCGUGAGCAUGGAGAGACAGUCUGGCGUGCCAGGCUAAUUUUUUUGCAGCUCCUCUUCCAUUUUAGUGCAGCGGCGGCUGAAGCUGAAGAGCUACUACUAGGAAAACGGUGAACUUAGAGCCGCAGGUUUACCUCUAAUGCAUGUUUCUGGAGAUAGGAAAGCUCUGCGCAGGCCGGACCCAAACUGGGGAUUUUCCUCCUGUGCAGCUCUGUUUUUUAACCCCGAAGUGUGAAGAUCUGAUCUGAAGCGGUUGCAGAGGAUCAGACACGGAAAUUCUACACUUGGAACCUUCAUGCUGACAUUAAUGAACUGCAUCAUGAAGUCAAACUCCAUUUUUUUAAUGAGAUGGUUAGAGGUUUAUAUGGAUUUUUUUUUAUCAUUUAUUUACCACUGAGUAAAUGAUUGUUUUCUCGCCCCUUCCUCCAGUUGGCCUCCGUUACAGGCUGUGAACCCACAGACUCACCCGCUUUCAGGUUUCUCAAAGUUUUAAUCUGAUCAUCUGAAUUUUCUCAAAUACAAAUAAAAGAACUAUCGAAAUGUGUAUUUUACAUUUCAGGUGAAAAAUAA